AAUAUCUGUUUACUGAGGAACUGCCACUGGUUUCGUAGAAGCAAUUUGUUUAAAUAAAAGACGCACAUUUCUUCCCGUCAAACAGGCUGGGAUCUUGGAUGGAGUGAGUGUUGAGCCCCAGUGAGAUGACUGACCAGGGCAACAACAACCAGAACAUCUCCUGCAACCCCUUUGCUGCCCUCUUCAGCUCACUGGCUGAUGCCAAACAGUUUGCAUCAGGCCAGAAACCACAACAGCUGUCUGCUGAACCACCAUUGGAGGACUCAGGAGAGAGCCAGUCAGACUCAGAAAACUCUGUGUCAGACAGCGUCGAUGAUAAUGACGACUCUGUGGCAGAGAUCAGCCGCUCUUUCCGGUCCCGCCAGGAGCUGUGUGAACAGCUCAAUGUCAAUCACAUGAUCCAGCGAAUAUUUCUCAUCACUCUGGACAACAGUGACCCCAGUUUAAGAGGAGGAAAUGGAAUCCCUCCUCGCUGUGUGUACCUGGAGGAGAUGGCUGCAGAUCUGGAUGGACAGGACUGGCUGGAUAUGGACAACAUAGAACAGGCUCUGUUUAACCGUCUGCUGCUACUAGAGCCAGGGAACCACCUCAUCUACAUGACAUCAUGCAGCGCUGUAAACCUGUCUGCAGACCGUGAUGCUGGAGAGAAAUGUGCCAUCCCUUACCUUUUUGCUUGUUACCAGAGAGCCAAAGAAGAGGUGACGAAGGUACCAGAGAAGUUACUGCCCUUUGCUGUUCGCUGUAAGAAUCUGACGGUAUCAAACACACGGACAGUUCUGCUCACCCCAGAGAUCUAUAUCAGCCAGAAUGUCUAUGAACAGCUUCUGGACCUGCUGCUGGAAGGUUUCAGUGGAGCACAGCCAGAGGAGGUGGUUGAGUUUGUGGAGGAGGUCGUUGCUGGCCUGCUCUCUGACCAGGAGGUGCGUACCUUCGAGGAGGUGAUAGUACCAGUGUUUGAUAUCUUCCAGGGACGCAUCAAAGACUUGGACCUCUGCCAGCCUCUCCUCUACUCCUACUUAGAUGUUCUCCUCUAUUUCAGCCACCAUAAAGAUAUUGCCAAGGUAUUGGUGGAACACAUUCAGCCCAAAGACCCAGCUAAUGGUUUGCAGUACCAGAAGAGCCUAUUGGGGGCAGUGUUGAGCAUCUCCUGCUUGUUAAAAACCCCAGGUGUAGUGGAGGGACAUGGCUACUUCCUGAACCCCUCCCGCUCCAGCGCCCAAGAGACAAAGGUCCAGGAGGCCAACAUCCACCAGUUCAUGGGACAGUUUCACGACAAGUUGCACCAGAUCUUGAAAAACUUGCUUCAGCGAUCUGGUGAGACACGGCACCUGCUGCUCUCGUGGCUGGGCAGCUGUCUGCAGGCUAACGCUGGCCGAGCCAAGAUAUGGGCCAAUCAGAUGCCAGAGAUCUUCUUCCAGAUGUAUGCUUCAGAUGCAUUCUUUUUAAACUUGGGUGCAGCUCUGCUGAAGCUGUGCCAGCCCUUCUGCAGGCCUCGUUCACCCAAACUGCUCACCUUCAACCCCACCUACUGCGCCCUCAAAGAGCUGAGUGAAGAGGAGAGGCGCAAUCGCAACGUGCAUGCAAGAGGUCUCGACAAGGAAACCUGUCUGAUCCCUAUGCCCCCUCAGCAGCCGGUGGAGUCUGCACAGUCCUACAGCCUUCUGACUGAAAACCUCAUCCUCACACAACUCACCCUGCAUCUCGGCUUCCACAGACUCCAUGAGCAGAUGGUGAAGAUGAACCAGUCUCUCCAUCGGCUCCAGGUGACGUGGCAGGAGGCCCAGCGAACCGGGAACCCGAUGUCAGAGCAGCUCCUGGAGCAGUUUGAGCGUCUGAUGAUUGUUUAUUUGUCAACCAAAGCUGCCACAAUGCAGCCUGCCAUGCUGCAAUGCUGCCUUAACCUCCAAGCUUCCACCGCUGCUCUGCUGGUUCAACUUGGUGUUGGAAACCAGGGGCCUGAACAUGUAGCACUCAGUUUUCCCCUGCCUUCCCUGCAAAAUAGUAUGCUGUGCUUUGUACCAGAGUUUUUUGCAGAAAACUUGGGGGAUUUUUUCAUCUUUCUGCGGCGAUUCGCAGACGAUGUUUUGGAGACUUCAGCAGAAAGUCUGGAGCAGAUUCUUCACUUCAUCACUGUCUUCAUGGGUAACGUAGAAAGGAUGAAGAACCCACACUUGAGAGCAAAACUUGCAGAGGUCUUAGAGGCGGUGAUGCCACACAUGGAGCCAGUGGCUUCUGGUGCUGCUCAGCCAAUCGUGUUCCAGCGAGAGAGAGUCUUCUGCUCCUACAGACAUGCACCUCAGCUGGCCGAGGCUCUCAUCACUGUGUUUGUAGACAUUGAAUUCACAGGUGAUCCUCAUCAGUUUGAACAGAAAUUCAACUACAGAAGACCCAUGUACCCCAUCCUCAAGUACAUGUGGGGCAAAGAUAACUAUAGAGAGAGCAUCAAGCAUUUGGCCGACUAUGCAUCAGAGAACCUGGAGGCCAUGAACCCCCCUCUGUUCCUCAGGUUCCUCAACUUACUGAUGAAUGAUGCCAUCUUCCUACUAGAUGAGGCUAUUCAGUACCUGAGUAAAAUCAAGGUUCUGCAGCUGGAGCGGGAUAGAGGGGAGUGGGAGGGCCUGGCCCCUGAUGCCCGAAGAGAGAAAGAGUCGAGCCUGCAGAUGUUUGGACAGCUGGGACGCUUCCACAACAUCAUGUCUAACGAAACCAUCGGCACACUGGCCUUUCUCACCUCAGAUAUCAAGGGGAUCUUUGUGCACCCCUUCCUGGCUGAGAGGAUCAUCUCCAUGCUGAACUACUUCUUGCAGCACCUGGUGGGUCCUAAGAUGGGUGCCCUUAAGGUCAAGGACUUCAGUGAGUUCGACUUCAAGCCACAGCAGCUUGUUUCUGACAUCUGCACCAUCUACCUGAACUUAGGGGACGAGGAGAAUUUCUGUGCUACAGUCCCAAAGGAUGGACGAUCAUACUCUCCUACCCUCUUCUCCCAGACUGUUAGGGUACUAAAGAAGAUCAACAAGCCUGGUGACAUGAUUGUAGCUUUUGGAGUUCUUGCUGAUAAAAUAAAGUCCCAUGCAGACAGACAGCAGCAGGAAGAGGAGACAUAUGCAGAUGCUCCAGAUGAGUUCUUGGAUCCCAUCAUGUCCACUCUGAUGCUGGAUCCUGUUCUUCUCCCUUCUUCCAAUGUAACAGUAGACCGCUCAACUAUAGCAAGGCAUCUCCUCAGUGACCAGACAGACCCUUUCAACCGCAGUCCUCUAACCAUGGACCAGAUCAGGCCAAACGAGGAACUUAAACAGCAGAUCUUACAGUGGCUGGAUAAGCAUAAGCAGGAGAGGCUGCAGUUGGGACCCAGUGGCUAGCUAUGAUCCCUCAACAAACAAUGGCUGCAUCCUUGUUUUCUCUCCUGGCCCACAUCUCAUGUGCUCCUCUGCUUCUUGGCUAAUCCAUGGUGUGCUUGCCUCUGUGGAUUUCUUCUGACUGCUCUGGUCCCUCUAACUUUGCAUCAGCCUUUCCAUGCAGCCUUCAUCCUCAGUGGAUUCCAGACAAACUGUAGCCCACCGGCUGGUGACAACUUCAAAAUCCAUGCACAGUAGCUGUUCGACUCCCAUGAUGCCCUAUGGUAAACAUUAGUAGGGUGAUACAACCUCUGGUUUCUCUCCCCCUGAAUACUGUGUAUUGAUUAGUUAUUAUUACAGUCAGAACUGUGGCCAGAAGUAUCAGUUUCAACAGGACUUGUUGAAUGUACUGUAUGAACUCCUGACCGACCAGCUGGCCAAAACCAGAUUUUAUACUGCAAGGUAAGUAUUUUUGGGAACCCAUGAGGCAGAACAUGGAUGGAGUCAUUUAUUAUUUAACUUUGAUUUCAUCUUCAUGAAGAAUACAUCAUACACUGCCUUUCAAAGGUCUUGAACACCCUAUAUUUUAGCACUUUUGGUUAAAUCUCAAGCAGCAUUGUAAAUAAAAAUUAGCAAUUAAAAUUAAGGCAGAAGUAAAACUGAAUUGAAAUGCGUGACUUUUAUUUUUAUUGGAAACAAUCUAGACUCAUCUGGAGAAAUUCAAAACCUGUAGCACAAAACCACACCGUGUAUUUGUUUUACAGUUGUGUGUAUUUUAACAUGUAUGGAUGACUGUCAGAUCUUCAAGUGCACCUGUAUUUAAUUAAGCACUAAUUAACGUCCUCAUUAGGAUCUGACAGCUUGCUAAUUAAUAAAUAACUUUUUUAUUUACUGUACAAUAAUUAGUCUAAUUUGAUCUAUAUUUUAGGAUGUAGUACAUAUACAUGCAUAUGCAAGAAACAUAAAAUGAAUUCUGCCAAAAAAUGCCAGAAUGCACACUAAAAUUGCUCUAUUGUUUGGCGUCGCAUUGAUGGAGACUUGUGUUUGGCAGUGUUACAUCCUUGUAAAAACCUUUUUCCUUAUAAUUUGUAACAAAUUGAUUUUAAAUCUGAAAUUGGCUGUAGUUUGACAAAGUCAGAAUUUUCUCAUAGCAGCUUUGUUUCGUCUGAUGCCUUAUUAUCACUUCAAAUUACUGCAAAAUGCUAAAAAUACAAAACAUUAAUUUCUUUUGUAUAAUAGUUGGCUCACUGUGAACAUUAGAACCUGGUAUAUUGAUGUGAUGAUGUGUAAAUGAUGUGAAUGGGGUGAAGUGUUGGGUAUGGAAAUGUCACUGAAUUUCUCCUGAACUAUCCACCAAAAUCAGACUGAAUAAAUCUAGGGUAAAAAAUAAGCCACACAGCUGCAGAAUCAUGAUUUAUUUUAUAUCCACAACUACAAGAUUCAAUAAAACUGUCUGCUAGUCGGCUUUCUAAAUGUUUGUCGAUUUGUCCAGUACAUCUUUGACUGAGCUGAAUGGGUUCUCAGGUGGAUGUUUCAAACUCAAAUCUCGUUGCUAUUUCCGAUUUAAGAUAAAAAAAAAUCAUAAUAUUUUCUCAUUUCAUUUGUAUUAUCUGUUCAUGUGAUUUAAUUUUAAUGUUGUAACAGUGGCCAUAUUUCUUAAAACUGGAGCCAAAAAAGCCAGAAAUAUAGGGUUCAAUCAUUUUGACUGGCAGUGCAUAUAAGAGUCAUUGUCAUACUUUGAAUUACCACUCACCAGAUUAUAAUUGAUGUUGAACAGAGUUUUUAUUGUGUGAAAGCAUAGUGUAUUAACAUGUGGGCAAACAGUUGAUCAAUAGAAUUGGUGCCUAAAACCAACAGCCUUGCAGUAAAUGACAGCAAAUGAGGAUCUGACUUGUUUCAUACUCACAAGAGACAUAAUUAUGAGUUUGCUUUUUAGGACAUAUGGGGAAAUGUUGGUAGAAAAUGAAAGAAAGAAAAUCAGAAAAAGAUAACUUGUUUUUGAGUAGCUUUUUGAAUUAAAGGGUUUUAAUUCAAAAUUGUGUGGUAUAAAAUUUGAAAAUGUGAAAGACAUACAUGAAGAUGUAUUUGUUGGCAUGCCCUCAUCCUGUUCUGUUGAAUAUCUACCACCUGAAGGAUUAUAUGGGUUAAAUUAUAAUGCAAUAUUUAGUUUUAAUCGGGAUUAUAAAAUGUUUACUUUGGAUGUACAGUAUGAUUAAGAAAUAAAACUGUGUGUUAUAUAA